GCCCCUUUAAGAACCCCUGUGAGGGCCAUUGUGGCAGUUGGAGCCUGGUGGAAGGACCAGGUGGCAGGGAUUCAUCAGCAUCAUAGCAGAGGACUUUAAUUCACCCCUGUCAGGAGGGAAAGUCAUCAAGGAAUCCAGAAACAAUGAUUUCCUCCCAGAGACAGAAGAACAGCUUAAGAUGGCACCACGUGGAGCAUCUAGCUAACAGCCUAUUGGAAGCAUAUGCAACACUGCUAUGUCAUCAGUCCAUGAUCCUGGCCAUAAACUCCAGCUCUGUGGAUCCCUUACAACAAUACGACACCCAGUUGGAGAUCAUAAAAUCAUCUUUUAAAAUGAUAUUUGGCCUACCGAGUUUUGACGAAGGAACAGUUCGGACCAGUGGUGAGGAUGCCGAGGAACUGGAGAUUUUAUAUAAAAAUAUUUUAAGUCUGCUCGAGGACACUCUUCUGAUCUUAGUAUCUAAAGACCUCUACAAACUGCAGAUCUUAAAGGAAAUGAUGGUGUGGAUGAGAGAAGACAAUUUGUACCUGCAAGAGAAACCACUGGUGAUCAUCAGCAAGGUGUUAAGAUUUGCAUCCAGGAAAGUCAGGGAACAUACAAGUAUUGAUGCUCCAUGUUUAGGUGUCCUGGCAGCAGAGCUGUCUCUUUUAUAUUCCCACGCGGAUCUCACCAUCGUACAACAAGCUUCCCUGGCAGUAUAUUACCUCCUCAGCAUUGCAAAACGUCAGAUGGCAGACUUCCAAAAAUAUAAAGCUAAGAUGCAGUAUGAGUGUGGAAAUUCCUGCCUCCUGCCUCCUGAUUCUGAAUUCCGACCCGGGAUCUUGAAACAAGACAAAACUAAACUCGCUCAGAGCAUAGGACAAACCUUACUGCCCUCCCUGCUGACUGACUUUGUGUUGUAUCUCCUGACGAAACUCUCCACAUCUAAUCAAGAAACCACAACCAAAGCAGCAGCCAUACUGAAACUGACUCUGAAAUAUCACGCCCAGAAGAUCACCAGGGUGUCUCAGCUGGUGGACACUAUUUAUAAGCAACUGAAUGAAAAUCCUUCUUACUUUAUAAAGGAUGUCUUGUUGGAGGUUGCCACCUUGUUGACACAAUCGUCGCCCAAAGCUGUCAUCUUUCAGCUCUUGGACUACCCAGUCCCAGCGGACAAAGCUGUGAUGCUGAUGUGGCAGGCAGUGGGCACCAAGCCACAAGUCGCCCCGCAGGUGCUGAAGGCAAUCCUCUUGGUGCUGAAGGACAAGCCUUGGGAGGUGGAGGACAGCCUGCAGGAAGGGAAAUGCUUCAUCUUGGAUGCCACCAACAUGAUGCCUCUGGCGGCAUCCCAGGCCCUGUGCGUGCUUUUGCCUAUAAAUUCCUAUAACAAAACAGUGGCCCAGUUUUUUCCUGAGCUCUUCAUGGCCCUCAUGUUUCAACUCCUCUACAUCAGUCAGCUGAGAGUGCAGACCCAGGACAGGCCUCUCUAUGCCAGGGAGGCACUGAGAAUUCUGCUGAAUUGCUCAGGACUGCAACACGUGGAUACGGCUCUAAAGAACAAGUUUUUCUGGAGUCAUAUUUACCAGACAUAUUACUACCAUGAUGGGGUGAACCUCAUGGCCAGAACUCUCUGUGACUGUAACUUCCCACAAUUUCCAGAAACCUUACGUUAUCUCUACAAGAUCUUAGUGCAAGGCCCUAGGAGGUCAGAAGAGCAUAUCAUCAUAGUAACAUUCUUCAUCAAAAUUCUGGAUAAGUUCUUCAAGGACCCACUCCCAGAAUUAUUUUUGGUCUUCCUCAGAAACUGGAUCAGUGAUUCCAAUCCUGAAAUUAGCAAAUUAAGCCUUCAGAAAAUCACCAGCAUGGCCCCGGUUGUCAAUAAGAUAGAAAAUGUCUCCAGCUUAUUAACAUCCAUCCUGGAUGCCUUCGUAUCCAGAGAGGACACUGUUGUGAUUCAAGCCUUGCUCACCCUCCGAAAACUUGUAGACAAACUGGACAAGGUGACCUACUCCUCGCUGUGCACUAGAAUUGCUUCCAGCUACUUCUGUCUGAUGGAUCAUUUUUCUGGGAGUGUCCGGAGCUUGGCUAUCAGGCACUUGGCGGACUUACUCAAGGACGUGGGUCAGCAAACAUCAACUCUCAAACACAUCAUGAGAGGACUCGCACCCCUCCUUCUCUGUCUGGAGGACAGCGAUGGUAGAGUAGUGAGUGCAUGUAAAUAUACAUUAAAAAUCUGUGACUCCGAACUAGAAUGGUCAAUAGCAAAUCUGCUUAAAGAUGAAAAUUACAAUUUUGAGCUGGUAGUUCUCUACACCUGCAACCAUCUGAUCCUUUCUCACGAGAGUUGCACUACGUAUUUAAUAUGUGAUGCCUUACGGUUCCUGGGGAAUCCCCAGGUGCAUCUGAGGAGAGCAGCAGUUAUUUUACUAGGUUACUUGGCGCAAUUGGGUGGACAUUUAUUAUUCAAAGAUGAAAUUGAAGUUAUGACUGAAGCUGUUGAACGAAUGCUCCAGGAUGAAGGCCCUGGGAUCCAGAAGCUGGCAGAAAUAACCCACAACCUUUUAAAGAAAAUAGCCAAUAGACCAAGAUCUACAACUAUUAAACUUGCUAUCCAGAGAUUCUUUAAGUUCUCCGCCAAGGAACUGAAGCUUAUUUAUAAUUGGAAAAGUACCACACAGACAGACCUACCAGAAACCGAGGAUCAGCUGUCACUCUACCCGCCCCAGGACACUACAGCUUCUGACUUCUGAGCCAGGCUCCGGGGUCGGAGGGAGACAACACCCUGGAGAGACUACUCGCCCAGCUCCGCCAGCUGCAUGAAGUCAGAGCCGUGGUUCCGCUUCUCUGAUCAACCCCUGACUGAUACGGUGUCCGGGAUAGACUUUCACCCCUUCUUGCUUCAGGUUGGGUGGAUGUUACUUCUAUGAUUUGCCUUACCACCCUGUGAUCGUACCUUUCAUUACAGUUAUCAGACUGGCAUAAAAUGAUCUAUUUUCCUUCUGCACCCACAAAAUUGAACUUCUUCAAAGCAAUUGCAGUAUUUUAUACUUGGUUGUAUACUUUGGAACUGACACCCAAUUAGGUGCCUGACACCUAAUGCAUGCUUGAUGAAUACUUACCAAAUCAAUAAAGUGCUAAUAGAACAUAUUCCUCUCAUAUUUCAAUAAAAAUUUUCACAUGUUUAUGUGUGCUC